GAAGACACUCCCUACAACUCAUUUAAAUUACAACAGUUUGCUUAGUACAUUGAAUUCUACCGUGUCUAGUGGUCAAGGCGUCAAUGAAUUACUGAAAGAUCUGCAAAUUAUCUCUCGCUACUCAGUUGCAAAUAAAACGAUAAAGCGAACAUGUUCUUCGAGUUGUAUUGGCAAUAUUUCGUUGUCGGGUUGAUUUUGUACGCGAUUUGCAGAGGCGGUUACAUAUUUUACUCGAAAUCCCAGCAAAAAACCCUCCGAGGCAUCGACAAGAAGAACGAAGAAGCCUACGAAAUAUUGCAAUCAUCUUCAUCAUCAUCAUCAUCUGAUAACGAAGGUGGGGAGGAAGAUGAACUCACGCCAGCACUACCUAAAGACCUCAAACACAUUCCUCUGGAAUACACCAGAUUUUCCAGCGAAGAAUCUUUACGAAGAGCAGAAGAUUUCUACACGUUAAUGAACGCGAGAAGAACCAUUCGGCAUUUUAGCAACGAACCAGUACCGAUCGAAAUCAUCCGCAACAUCAUCAAAACAGCAGGCACUGCGCCCAGUGGGGCCCACACGGAACCGUGGACCUACGUCGUGGUGAGCUCGUACGAAGUCAAGCAGAAAAUCCGAGAAAUAGUCGAAAACGAAGAGGAAAUCAACUACAAAAAGCGAAUGGGCAAAACCUGGACCACCGAUUUAAAACCUCUUCAAGUCAAUUGGUUGAAAGAGUAUCUCACCGAUGCUCCAUACAUCAUAUGCAUCUUCAAGCAAUUGUACAGCUACAGGGAAGAUGGAAAGAAGAAAAUGCAUUAUUACAACGAACAGAGCGUCAGUUUGGCCACUGGAAUUUUGCUAACUGCUAUUCACUAUGCUGGCCUUUAUUCGCUGACAUCGACCCCUUUGAAUUGCGGCCCGGCCCUCAGGACGCUACUGGGUAGACCUCUUUCUGAAAAAUUGACGCUACUGAUUCCUGUGGGAUAUCCUGCGGAGGGGUGCUUGGUGCCCGAUUUGAAACGGAAACAUUUAGAUGAAAUAAUGAUCGAAGUUUAGCAGUAUUUCCAUACGGAUCCUGGUUGCUGAAGGUACUUCUCGCAUUCUGUGAAAGGGUUUUUUAUUUAAAAAAAAUAGCACUGUAUUGUUUGUAUUCCUAAACACUAAUGGGUUUUAAAAAAUGUAGCAUAUAAUUACGAUUACAUGAACCGCUAUCUCUGUAGGUAUAAAUUAAGUAAACAUAGGCAGAUAUUCGCUAAAGCAAAUAAAGAAUAAACGCAUGCCAUUGAAAU